AUGGCUUAUGCAGCUCUUGUCUCCCUCACAAACACCAUAAACCAAACCCUCAAUAGUAAUCUAUAUUCCAUCUCCCCUGAAGAGAAGCAGCAAAUCACACCUCUCCUUGAAUAUGUCACUCCCUUUCAAGACUUCCUUGAUAAGUUUCCAGACAAAUUCAACAGUUUGGAAGGGAGAGUGAGGGAUUUAGCAAAUGCAGCAGAAGAUAUCGUAGAAUAUCUUGUGUUGGAAAAAGUUUAUCCAACUCCUGAUGAAGACCAUCAAAGUGAAAAACAUGAACUAGCACAGCUGCAAAAUGUGAUCAAGGAGAUUGAUUUGAUUGAUAAAGAAGUGAAGGAAAUUGAAGAUACCUCAAGAUAUAAAAGCAUUCAACGUGGUGCUCAUAGCUCAUCAUCAACUUCAACUGCUCCUCUCAUUCACAAAGAUGCCAUGGUUGGUUUGGAAGAGUAUGUUUUGGAUCUAAAGGACCGGAUCUGUGGAGAGCCAUCCAAAAAGCUGUAUGUCAUUCCUAUCUGUGGCAUGGGUGGCAUCGGUAAAACUACUCUAGCCAGAAGUGUUUAUGAUGAUCAAUUAAUUAUGGAGAAAUUUGAGAUUCGUGUUUGGGUCACUAUAUCACAAGAUUAUAGUGCAGAGAGAAUACUUUCAAACAUCCUAGAGUGCUUGAAAGAGUUCAACAAAGAUGAAAAGAAAAAAAUCGACAAUGAUGUAUCAGUGCACCAAAUUUUAAUGGGAAGGAGAUAUUUGGUUGUGAUGGAUGAUAUGUGGAGCACGGAAGCAUGGGAUAUAGUUAGAGGAGUACUACCUGAUAAUGGUAAUGGAAGCCGUGUCAUGCUAACCACAAGGUUGUAUGGUGUGGCUUCCUACCCGGAUCCUUCGUGCAAGCUCUACGAGUUGGGAUUAUUGGAUGCAGACCAAAGUUGGAAUCUUUUGAAGCAGAAGGUGUUUGUAGAUGAAGAUUGUCCUCGCGAAUUGGAAAGCAUUGGGAAGGAAAUCGCAGGAAGGUGCAAAGGGUUGCCUCUUGCUAUUGUGGUGAUUGCUGGACUUCUAUCCACGGUCAGGCAAGAUCGAGCUUCGUGGAAGGACAUUGCUGAAAAUGUGAAACUUGGAGAUACUGUGGAACAUGGACAGAUUGGAGAUAUACUAUCUUUGAGUUAUGCCCACUUACCUCAAUAUUUGAGGCCAUGCUUCUUGUACAUGGGAUCCUUUCCGGAAGAUCAUGAGAUCCAGGCACAGAAACUCAUUAAAUUAUGGGUCGCUGAGGGUUUUCUGAGAUAUCCAAUAGACUCUGAAUCCUUUGAAAAGGUGGGAGAAGAGUGCUUGGAGGAUCUCAUCAAGAGAAACCUUGUUUUGAUCACAAAGAGGAAACGUAAUGGUGGAGUCAAAAGUUGUCGUCUCCACGAUCUGAUGAGGGAUUUCUGCAUAAGAAAAGCUCAUGAAAGUAAGUUCUUUUUAAGCAAGUUUACCUUUGAUGUUGCGUAUAGAUAUUUCGAGGAGAUUAAUUUCACAGAGAGAAUAAAAAAUCAACGCCGUGUAAGCAUUAAUUCUUCCUAUCUAAGUUACCUUUCGAGAUGUGAUUGCUCAACCAUCCAUUCCAUCAAAUGCUCCACAUAUCGUGUGGUAAAUCUGGAGUGUCUCAAGAGAGUCAGAUUGCUGAGAGUGUUUGAUGCAGAAGUAGUUGAUGUGGAAUGCUCACCAUUUCUAGCUCAACUGUAUGAGCUAUUCCAUUUAAGAUAUCUUGACAUUAGAUUUAGUCAUGGCAUUCCUACAACCUUAUCAAAGCUUCAAAAUCUGCAAACUUUGAUCAUUCGUGAGCAAACCCACGGCUUUGGCAAAGCAAGUGAUAUCUGGUUGAGUUGGGGCAUGCCACAGUUAAGACAUGUUUACUUCUAUGGUACGAUUCAUUUUCAUGAUCCAAAUGAAGUAUCUUGUUCUCUAGAAAGCCUACAAACACUCUCCUAUGUAUCUCAUUGGAGUUGCCGUGAAAGGGUCCUGAAAAUGAUUCCAAACCUGAAAAAGUUGAAGAUUGAUUGUUCAGGCCGUGUUCAUAGUGGAGCUCCAGCUUGUUUGGAUGAUAUGGGACAUCUGCAUAGACUUGAGAAUUUGGAAAUAUAUGCAGGCCACUGUGUACGAUCUCGGCCAAAAUACUAUAGGUUCACUUUUCCAAGUAUGCUGAAGAAGCUGACUCUGAAGGCUCUGGAAUUCCCUUGGAAUGACAUAGUUGUUGUUGGUUCGUUGCCAAAUCUUCAAGUACUUAAAUUAAAAGGUUGUACUUGUGAUGGCGGCACAUGGGAGACAAGGGAAGGAGCAUUUCCAGAGUUAGAAGUUCUUCUGGUUGAAGAUUCGAGGUUUGAGCAUUGGAUCACUGAAAGCAUCCAUUUCCCGAGGCUCAAACGCCUGCUGCUUUAUUCUUGUAGUUUUCUCAAUGAGAUUCCAAAUGAUAUUGGAGAAAUUCCACCUCUUGAAUUGAUUGAGAUUAAGGGUUAUGCGAAGAAGUCUUUAGUGGAGUCAGCUGAACUGAUACGAGAGGAACAAGAAGAUAUGGGAAACAACACUCUUCAAGUUGUCUGCAUUCCUAAAGUCACAUCUAGUGGAAGUUUUUAUUCUGAUGAGUAUUUUGAGGAUGAGGGCUAUGAUGAUCAAGAUCUAUGACAAGGAUGAUUUACCUUCCUCACGAUUCAGAUUCAAAUAGGAUGAAUAUGUGUUAAUGCUUUAUCAAAGAGACAUUCACUGAUGAGGUUUUCUUAA